AUGAAUAAUAAUAAUAGUGAUUAUAUGGAUAUUUUUUCACCAGCCAAAGUUGCUAAUACUACUUCAUCAAAUUUUCAACAUAAAGUUCUUGAAAAUGUUAUUAAUGAAUGUUUGGAAGAUUUUAAAACUUUAUUACAUAGAGAUAUAAUGGAUAUGCAUGUAGAAUUAAUAAGACAAUUUCAUAUUCAACAGAAUAGUAUUGAAGGAAUGUUAAAAUGUUAUUGUAAUGAUGUGAAUGAAUUGAGAGAAGAAGUUAAAAGGUUAAAAGAAGAAAAAAAUUUGUUAAAAAAGAAAAUAUCUAAUGAUAAGUUUUAUCUUUAA